AGCGGACGCCACCAGGGACAAGACGUGUGACCAAGGAAGGUUCUGCCUCCCACGCUCCUUCCGCUAUCGCGAUUUGCCUGCGCUCCAGCCUGCAUCCCCGUACCAAGUGCAGCGCGUCUCGCACACACCCUAAUCUCAUUCGCCCGCGCCGCUCACCGCCCACCGCCAUCGCCUUACCUGACCUGCCGCCAUGAAUCAGUUAGCCUUCAUCAACCCCGCCCAGGCCUUCAGCCCUGCCGGGCCCUCCGGCUCUCUGCCCCCAGCCCACUACGAUCCCUCUGCACGCCCGGCGCCGCGAUACGAGCAGCAUCUCGGCCAGAAUCAAGCUUUCCCUCCUCCCCCGAAUGGCGUCAACCAGCCUGGCUUGAGCUGGCCGAUGCAGCCUUACGCCGCAAACUUCCCUCUCCAGCAGCAGCAGCAGCAGCAGCAGCCUCAUCCCACCGGCAGGCAGAGCGCGCAGCCCAGAGCAAGCCUCUCGCCCAAUGCCACCAGUCAGCACACCACCCCAAGACCUUCCUCCUCCUCCACUCCAACUCAGUACCCGAUGGCCGCUCCUCCUCUUCCACAACAGCCCGCCGCAAGCGCGCAACAAUCAGACCAUGUCCUAACACCAACCGGCAACACCACAUCCACCGCUCAAUCCCCCUCCCUCGCCCCCUCCACCCGAGAACAGCAGCGCCUCGCCCUCGUCCUCGAAAUCAACCAAGACCUCCUGGCCGAAAUGGCGCGCCUGCAGUCCGAGAACCAAGGCGGCGCCAUCUCCCCCCAGCAAGCCAUGCAGAUGAAGCAAGCCGGCCAGUCCGAUAAAAUGGCCUCCGACGACUACAUCCAGCUCCUGCGCCGCCUGCAGGGCAACAUCGCAUAUCUCAUGCCGCGCAUGGGCCAGCAGAUGCAGCCUGACGCCCGCACGCUCCCCGGCCCGGCGUUCAUGCAGCAUCCGCAGCAGCUGCCCACGCUGGCGGAGAAGUAUGAACGACUACGAGAGCUGUUUCCCGAGUGGGCGGGUAACGAUGCCAAGCUCCUGGCCAUGAGUGCGGGUGGUGCUGGGAGAACAGGGUCGCCGGGGCAAGCCCUGGCUUAUCAGCAGGCAUUGCAGCAGCAACAGCAACAACAACAACAGCAGCAGCGGCAGAAUAGUGCAAGCGCUUGAUGGGGAACGCCAUGUGAUUGGGAUAUGAUACAAACCACUACAGCAUUGCAUCUCGGCGUACGGAAUGGCCAGGGCGGUCAGGCAGAUACCCAUCUUCUCGCGAAGAAACAUUUCACGAUCUAGAAGGAGGGAAUAUGUAAAAUCAUGU